AUGGCCGCUCCUCUUCCUAUUGGAAAUGACACGCUGGGGUGUCCUCUCCCGGCUGUUCUGCAUGCCAUUACAGUGUCGCUGCCAACCUGGUCCGACAAUGUGGGGUACCUCACUAAUCAGGAAGCCAUUAUCGACGCGAUGUCGACGGGUUACCCUCGGUUCUUUAUCCAUCGAAGCAUUCAGGAGCUCAUAGAGAUCUGCCAAGAAAAGUUCGGUCUCUCCGGAGAACUUUGCCUUCUGUACCCAACUCAAAGCAUUGCUGAGCAUGGGAAGGAAUUUACUCACAAUCAAGCCUUGUUGGCCGGCAAGCCAUCUGACUUGCGAAUCGUCCAUUAUGUCAUCCACCCAAUGGGAGAUCCCCCCUCAACUUUACAAGAGACAUCGGGUCUCCCCGUAGUAUCACAAUCGGUACCUCCACAAUAUGCCGAAGUCUUCGCUCUGUUCUUUCAUGCUGACACGUAUAAAGUCGCAAGGCGAUUCUGGGAACACUGCGGCCUCGGCAUUUCGUCACGAUACGCAGAACACUGUCUAUCUGUCCUUGGAAUUCCUGAUUUUCCAAAGGUGAAAAUCUCGAAGUUUUUUCGUGUAUUCGGGAAGACAGAUUUGAUCCCGAAAUCUUUGGACGCGUCAGAACUUCCAUUAACGACCGGAGCGGAUGCGAAAGCUGCACUCCGUCAACGAAUAGCUAGCUAUUUUGUCCGUGAUGAGUCGCCUACCGGCGCAGGAACAAACGUUUCUGAGGAUGAUGUGUUCCUUUAUCCAUGCGGAAUGUCAGCAUUGUGGAAUGCACACCAGCUCUUACUCGCAUCGCGUCCUUUGGGGAAAAGCGUCGUAUUUGGCUUCCUAUAUACCGACACCCUCAAAAUCCUCGAGAAAAGUGGUCCAGGUGCCAUAUUCUACGGACAUGGUCGUGAUUGUGACGUCGAUGACCUGGAUGCUAUGCUCGCAAGAAAGGUAGCCGAGAAUCCCUCUGCACCUCCCAUACUCGCUCUCUACACGGAAUGUCCGUCAAAUCCACGACUAUGUACCGUGAAUAUCCGGCGGCUGCGCGCCUUGGCAGACAAAUACGACUUUUUGAUUGUCAUCGAUGAGACCGUCGGAUCAUUCGCCAACGUAGACGUCUUGCCUUACGCUGAUAUAAUCAUGACCAGCCUGUCAAAGUAUGUAGGCGGAUAUGCAACCGCACUUGGCGGCAGCCUGGUAAUCAAUCCUCGCAUGAGGCACCGUGCUCUACUCAAGGAACAUCUGGCGUUGACCUUUGAGGACACCUACUUCACCCCCGAUGCAAUCGUAAUGGAACGGAACUCGCGUGAUUUCUUCGAACGCAUGCGCAUUGUAAACACUAACACGGAGUACAUCUGUGACUUCCUCCGCAUGCGCUCUAUUAAGGGCGGAGCAUCCGAAAGUGAAGGCGCAGUUAUCAAGCAAGUGUGGUAUCCCAAAUACAUAACUCCGGAGGACUACCAAAUCUGUCGCCGGCGCCUGUCUACUGAUGAACUAGACCGCGAGAACGGAGGUUAUGGGGGCUUGUUCUCGCUCACGUUCACAAGUUUGAAGGCGUCCCGCGCAUUCCACGAUGCAUUAGAAGUCGCAAAAGGUCCAAGUUACGGCACGACGUUCACGCUGGUCUGUCCAUAUACGUUGUUGGGCCACUAUUCGGAGCUGGAAUUUGCGGCAGAGUAUGGGGUGGAAGAGGGCUUGGUGAGGGUGGGAAUCGGGACGGAAGAUAGAGAGGCACUUCUUAGGGCUGUAGACAAUGCGCUAAGAGUUGCCGAGUCAGCUUGA